AGCUUCACGCUUCAUAAGCGCUACUUCGAGGCGCUAAAAUAAACACCCGUCGAGAGCUUUCCACACCCAGGCUUAUAACUUUUGCGAAAGAAGAAGAAGAAGCGGCGGCGGCAGCACCACCACCACCGCCGCGGCGUCGAAUGUUUCCAGUUUACACGCCGUCGAGCACGUAGAGGGCUUUUCGCGCGCUCAUUGUGUUUGUGUUCGCGCGUGUGUGUGCACGGCUGAGUAAGUGAUCUAUAUAUAGAAACGCCCCCCACGUUCACCAACACGCGCGCACACCUGUCACGGAUAUAUACUCUGCAACGAGCCGCGGGCCGCACACUUUUUGUGCUUGCGCUAUACAAGAAGGGCAAAGCUCGCAUACAAAUUAACAAGCGUCUCUCAUCCGCUCACGGACUUUUUCUACGAUUUGUCACUUUUUAUUAAUAAUAUCCGCACCCAACCUUCAUCAACAUGCCGGGACGUCCACUGUGGCAGGUAGCUGGAAAGCGCGAGCCGGAGCAGGAAGCCGAAGCUCAGCAAUGGAUCGAGACGGUCAUCGGUGCCAGAUUCCCACCUGGUGCCAGCUACGAGGACGCUCUGAGGGACGGUGUCAUCCUGUGCAUGCUGAUGAACAAGCUACAGCCGGGGCUCAUCUCCAAGAUCAACACCUCGGGCGGGGACUACAAGAUGAUGGACAACCUCAACCAGUUCCAGAAGGCUUGCAUCAAGUACGGUGUCCCUGACGUCGACCUGUUCCAGGCCGUGGACCUGAUGGAGCGCAAGAACAUCGCCCAAGUCACGAACACCAUCUUUGCCAUCGGACGCACGACGUACAAGCACCCCGAGUGGCGCGGCCCCUGGCUGGGACCCAAGCCCUCCGAGGAGCACAAGAGAAACUUCACAGAGGACCAGCUGAGGGCCGGCGAGGGAAUCAUCGGUCUGCAGGCCGGCACCAACAAGGGCGCCACUCAAUCCGGACAGAACUUCGGCGCCUCCAGGAAGAUCAUCUUCGGAAAGUAAUCGGCACCCGCAUCGCGAGACGCCUCGAUUUUCAUAAUGUCCACUUACUUACUUACUUAUUUGUAUACCUCGUUCGAAUGUAUAAUGUGUAGCGUAAUCCGAGGCGGCGAAAACUAUCAUAUAGUUUUCCCGCGUUCAUUGCAGUUUCCUUGUAUUUUUCCGACGUUCUAACCCACGCAUGACACCGAGAGAGAAUUAUUUUUAUAACAAGUGUAACGCUGAUGGUUGUCAGUUGAAUAAAUUGACAGGUCUAGGAUAUA